AUGCUACCAAAGUCGACCGGACGACGAAGAAGAGGAAGCUUCGAGCACGACGGCGCCGUGCGCGAGACAGCAGCCGAUGCGUCGCUGUGCAAGCUCUCUGCCAGUCAAUUGGGCUACUACGUCGACCCGUUCGUGCAGUACUUCGUCCCCGUGCCGUCGCGCCGCAUGCCGAUCAUCAACCGCGGCUACUACGCCCGCGUGGCGGCCGUGGAGUCACUCGUGCGCACGUUCUUACGCGCUGAAGAGCGCGGCAAUCGACAGACGGUAGAGACGACAAAUACGAAGAAGAAAACGACGAAGCAGGUUGUGAUCUUAGGUGCGGGGCUCGACACGAUGUUUUUUCGCUUACAGAGCAGCAACGCGCUAAGCGAUUGCGAGUACUUUGAGCUCGACUUCCCGGACGUGACCAUGCAGAAAGUGGGCGCAAUUAAGCGCCGCAGAGCGCUUAAUGAACUAAUGGGGCUCGGCAAUGCCGAGGCGUUCAUGGCCGCCGUGUCGUCGGGUUUCACUGAGCUAAACGUGCCAGGCUAUCACCUUUUGCCGUGUGAUUUGAGAGACUUGGACGCGACGACGGCGAAACUGGAGGCUGCAGGCAUUGAUCGCACUGUGCCGACGCUGUUUGUUUCGGAGUGUGUGCUGAUCUACAUGGAGGCAAAGUUCUCGACGCAGUUGGUUGCAUGGGCCGCGUCGUACUUCGAUGAUGUGAGCUUUGCACUGUACGAACAGAUCUUGCCGGACGACGCGUUUGGGCGAGUGAUGAUGGCGAACAUCAAGGCGCGCGGGUGCGACUUGUUGAGCAUUCACGACUUCCCGACCGAGGAAGCGCAGGUUGCACGAUUUACCGAGCACGGCUACGAGGUAGCGCAGUGCUGGGAUAUGAACAAGAUCUACUACCACUACCUGGAUCCAGCUGAACGUGCCAAGCGCGAACGGCUGGAAAUCUUUGAUGAGCUGGAGGAGUUCCAUCUGCUGCAGGCGCACUACUGUGUUGUUGUUGCAAGCAAGCAGGCCUCGUCGCCAGCAGCCCGUGCGAUGGCGCUGAGCGAAGCGCACGCGUCAUGCUGA